UGAUUCAGUGCCGGCCCGGGGGGGACAGGCAGCCGGUCCUCCCGAGCGCAGCCGUUUUUCCCUGGGCUGUCUUGGCGGCCGGGGGCGCGGAUCCAGCCGCUCGCUCGUCCCUGAAACGCUCCGUGCGUCUGUGCCCGGGCUGCGGAGCGCUGCUGCGAGCACACCGCUGGCACAGCGCGGGCGGGGACCGAGGGUGCUGUGCCCUGGCUACGGGCUCUGCACAGACCCGCCCCUUGGAGGAUUUGUUCUAGCUGCGCCAAGCUGGUUUUUGCAGGACAACUUAAGGUAGAAGAAUAAGAACAGAAACUGGAGUCAUUCACAGUGACAAUAUUCUCACCUGAAGAGAGAUGGCAGAAAUCAAUUCUCCUGUAAAUAUCAAGGAAAAGAUCAAUGCAAUCCGAUUAAUUGUUCCAAACAAAAGCAAUAAUGAGAUAGUUCUGGUGUUGCAGCAGUUUGAUAACAAUGUAGACAAGGCUGUUCAAGCUUUUAUGGAUGGCAGUGCCACUCAGGUUCUAAAGGAAUGGAAUAUGACAGGGAAGAAGAAGAACAAUAGGAGAAAACGAGGCAAAUCUAAACAGCAUCAAGGCAAUAAAGAUCCUAAAACCAAGAAUGGUGGACCUGAGAAGGCAUCUCAAGAGCCCCAGGGAAUAUAUGACUGUCAUCUGAAUGUAUGCUCUAAGGACAACUCUUGCAGUGGUUCUAACGGUCAGAAACUGGAAGCUGCUUCUCUUGAGAACAAAGGAUUUGUAGAGUCAGUGCUGGUCUCUCCAGAAAUCACAGACAAAGAACAAGAACACCAGAGAGAAUCUGUGGAAUUAAAGCCAAAGACUAUGAAUGGAGUAGAACAGCAUGAGUCUCUUCAGUCAUCAGUUCAACUCCAGUGUAACCUAGGCAGACCAAAGUCAAAAUCUUCCUCAGUGAAAUCAUCUAAUGCUGCAACCCAACUUGAAACAAAGGCAGAUGAUUCAGUAAAAAAAAGAGGGCCAAACAUUGAAAAAUCAGUAAAAGACUUGCAGCGUUGCACCGUUUCUCUAACCAGAUAUCGUAUGAUGAUCAAAGAGGAAGUGGAUAACUCGGUGAAGAAGAUCAAAGCUGCUUUUGCAGAAUUACACAGCUGCAUCAUAGACAAAGAAGUGUCAUUAAUGGCAGAAAUUGAUAAAGUUAAAGAAGAAGCCAUGGAAAUCCUGACUGCUCGGCAGAAGAAAGCUGAGGAGCUGAAGAGACUGACAGACCUAGCCAGUCAGAUGGCUGAAGCACAACUGUCUGAACUCAGAGCUGAAAUUAAGCACUUUGUGAGUGAACGGAAAUAUGAUGAAGAGCUGGGCAGGUCUGCCCGAUUUUCCUGUGACACAGAACAGCUGAAGACCCAAAUUCAGCUCUGUGGAGAAAUUUCUCAUCCAAAGAACAACUAUUCCUCAAGAACACCAUGUAGCUCGGUGCUGUCUUCAAUGACCUCGCAUGCAACAACUGGCAAGCAAAAUACGCACAUCCGAAAGUCCUCUAGUAAUGCCAAGAACUUUGAUAAUAAACCAGCCAGCACUAAAGUACAAAGUCAUCUUUCUCCCAAUCCUACCGAAUCUUCUUCCCAAGUAAUCCCAACAAAUAAGCAGAAUGGGCCUCCUAGCCAGAGACGAAGAUUCAACCCACAGCACCAAAACGUCCGGCUCAAUGGAUCUCUUAAAUCACAAGGUGCCAGUAAUGAGGCAGAUCAAAAUAAUGUGAAGAGUGGUUCCAGGUCUGAACACAGAAGACAGCAGCAUAACAGCUUCAGAUCUAAAAAUAAAGGAGCUAUGAAAAAUCAAGAGCAGUCCACAACUACAAGGACCACAGAGAAUCCGACACAUUCAGAAAAGGCCCGACGAAAGCAUCAUACACCCGACACCACAGACCACAGGCCUUUCCAAGGCGGUGCUGGCAGAGCGUCACAAUGCAACUUAUGUCCCACAAGGAUGGAGGUCUCUGCCGAUGCCACUGUUCUUUCAGUGCCAGCUGUGACUUUGGUGGCUUAAAAUGUCACGGUGACAGCAGACAGAGAAGUUUAAUCUCUUCAUUUUAGUUUCUUGCUCGAGAUGCUUGCUGGUGAAAGAAAAUGUCAGAACAUAGUCAUUUUAAAUCUGUUGCUGCUUAAAACUUGUUGGUAUCUUUAUUACUUACUAAUUAUCAAAAUUAAUUCAUACUUUCAAGGCUUUUCCCAAUAUGUUCACAGUACAGAAUCCUACCAAAGCAGCAUUUACUACUUAGAAAAGUGAAAUCUAGACGGGAAAAAUAAAAGGAUAAUUAAAUUCAUAAUAGCAAAAACCUGUUGUAGAUAUGUGGUUAAUAGCAGUCAACAUUAUUGUUUUUUAGAGCAGUCUGUGUUAGAAGGAUCCCAGGAAGUCUGUAUGCUGUGGUCUGCAAUGAAAUCAGAUAAUCUUGUAGAAUUUUUCAGCAAAUCUCUAUACAUCUCUUUCUUUCUGUGCGUGUAUACACGUACAUGCAUGCACACUGUAUACACAGAGAGUAUUGUUAUAUACAAGAACAUUUGAAAAAGCCGUACAUUUGAUUUUAGUUUAUUAUUCCAUAAUCUGAGAUCUUUAAAUUCAAGUAUAAAUUGUAUUAAAUGCAUUACAUAUUGGUAUUUUUCCUUGACAAACUAUUUUUAUGAGGCUGAGGAGAAAUGCUCAUUUCUUAAGUUUGGAAUGUAUAUAGUCAUGGCUAUUCAGAUGCACAGCCCUAUUCUCCAUUCUUAUCAGCCACUUUUCUAUGACUAGUUGGAUUUAUUUUUUUGCAUAUGAAAAAGUUGCAGGUGUUCUAGACUUGAAUCCCAAAUUAUUUUUCUAUAUUGUUGCUGUAGGAACCAUCUGUCCAUAAUGAGAGCUAUGACUAAUAAAUUUGUUACAGCAACGUGCAGCAGAAUGUGGAGGUACAUAUUUGAGUAGAUACUACAUCAUUCUGAGUUUUCUAUUAAAAUAAAAAUCUUACUUAGUCUUAAUGUUCUGAUUCUGUAUUUCAGAAAAUCUGUUUCUUCCAAAAAAUUAAAAUUUUCUUUCUAAAAUAUUCUGGUGUUUGCUGCUUUGCAGUGCCUAGCCUUUGUGAUCUUACUCAAAUUUUAUUUGCUUAAUUCAGCUGGUAUCAGUGGAAUGCUUUCAGCUGAGUUUAGAUUGGACUAGACUUCUGCUUUUAGCUAGAUGCUAAUGCCACAAGUUGCUAGAUUCUAAUGCAUGGAACAGAGCCUUCCCAUGAGAGCCACCUCCAUCCUGGACAUACUUCUAAGUUAUUAUUUAACAAAGUAAGGUGUGAGAAUCCAGAAUCAAGUGAACUAGUGGCCUCAGUGUCUGAAUCAGAAAGGUGUAAAAGGUCAGUAAUAGUCGGACACUUGAAUAUCUUUAAAAGUUUAUUCCUAAGUUAUUGUUUGCUAUUGCUUUUUAUCAGCUUUCUCUGCCUAGUUCCUGUUAGCUGACUGCACACUUCAUUAGCACUGUCUGGUUUACUUUUCCUCUGUGGCCCUUGAAAAAUAAUCUCAAAGUGUAGAGUGAGGUGCAUUCCUUAUGGGUGAUUUUGAUUAUUUUUAUUUCUCUUGAUAUCUGUAUACAGUUUUCCACACGUGAAUAUUGGUAAAACCUGAUUUUAAAAGGCAGAUAACUCAUCUUCAUCUGGAAGAGUGGUGAAAGAAAAACAAACAUGCAUAGGUGAACACUGGCUUUAUUAGCACUGCAAGCACUGCUUCUAUGCUAGAUUAUCUAUCAUGCUUUAAACUGAGUAUUUUGAGUAAAUGGGACUGAAAUUCCAGAAUCUUUCGUGCACACCCAUCAGCUAGGUAGCUUUUUCAAAAUUUAUCUGCUGCCUUAUGGUUUGACCUGUAACCUCACUGUAAGAGAUGUAAUAAUAAUUUCCAUGCAGAUAUUGCACAGGAAUCUUACUAUAUUGUCCUUAUAUAAUUUGUGAAAUUUAUAUAUGUCUCUUCUUGUAACCCCUCCUAAAAAAAGAAAAUCUAAUUUAACUCGAAUGACUUUUACUCCUUCUUUAUAGCUUCUUUACUUGACAGGAUCAUUGAAAGUUAUUUUAUUCCAUAAAUCAGCUUCUCACAAGUAGGCUUCUGCAAAUAAAUAAAAUCUGUCAUGCCAGUCAUAACUCAGCACUAACCUUGGGCUCAUCAGUACCAGAUAACCUUUGAUGUAUGGAGGCUCAGUUUGUGACAGACCCAGGACUAACAGGUGAGAGACAGCAUUUUGCUUCAGACUGUGAUGCAAACUCAGUUUCUUUGAUGAGGGAUGUAAGCGUGGAUUUGGUUGGGCUGGUUCUGGGAAUGCUGCAGUCUCAGCGCACCGAGCGUGUCUGUGCUCUGAACUGUAGCUGUGGUCAGAAUGGUAUCUCUUCAUCAUUCACUUGUGUCUAUGUAUGCUUGGAAUUAUAUCUGCCAGUUUCUCAAAGUGUUUUACUGUUCAAAAUACUUAAAAAGUAAUUCUUGGGCCUAUCUUCAACAAUUUCUUUUAAUCUUGUAAUUACAGAACUAGUUAUGUGUGAUACUCCUUUUAAGGUAAGGGAUUCAGUCAGGGAAUUAAGGGCAGGACAAGGCUUGGCUUUUAGGCCAGACAUCUUUUUUUAAAAACACCCUCAAUUUGCAAAGCAAAUACAGCUGUUUGGCAUCACUCACAAAUACGGAUAUUUCCGCUGCACUUUGUACACUCUUUCAAAAGUGGAAACACACCUUAAAGGGCAGUAUUUUAAAGCAAGUUGGAUCUGUUUGUCUUCUAUGUAAGAUUAAACUCAGAGUAAGGGCAGAACUCAGCAAAAUAAAGGGCCAAAUACACAGCUGUAAAACUAAAAAGAGAAGGUAACAACACAGCCAGACUAUUUGGAAAACUUACAUUAUUUAGGCAUGUUUAGAAUAAAAGGGUU